AUGAAGACACCCGUGCUCAUCGUCGUCAUCGCCUCCGUCGUGGUCCUCAGCGCCCUCCCGGCCCUCUACCUCUUCCUCGCGUACCACACGCACAGGGAGCGCGAGGGCUGGAAGACGGACCACGACAGGGCGCUCGAGAAGAUCGAGCACGAGGUCCGGCGCAGCCGGCGGCUCGCGGGGGAAGGUGCCGCCGGCGCCGCGAGCGGAGCCUUUUCCUCGGCCGCCCCUGGCAGGGCACCAUCGUCCGUACAGCAGCAACGUCAUCACCCACGAGGAGCCGCCCCGGCGCAGGCCUCACGGGCGCCGCCGCGGGAGGAGCUGAACGUGCCCAGGAGCUCACGCAACCAUCUGUCACAGGCUAGCAGCGACGACAACAACGCGCCGCGCGCCGCAUCCAAGCGCGGGAGGAGGCCCGCACCGAGCACGAGGAGGAGGAGCAUUGGCGCCGGUGGGGGCGGCAGGAGCAUCAGGGGCUCCGAGCAGCAGAACUCCGCGCACGAGGCAACGUCAGACGACAACAGCUAG